AUAUUUAUGAACAAUGAAGCCAUCUCUGUAAAUAGCAUCUGGACUGGUUAAGUGCACAAGUGAAUUAUUUGUCACUACUUUAUCGCCAUCUACCGGUCAACAGAUGGAACUCCCACAGCAAAUGUUAAUGAAAAGAUUGAGAAUAUUCAAUUGGACAGUUUUUAUGUGAAUAAAUGGGAAGUAAUUCGGGUCUUUUUUUUUUUUCAAGAAGUAACUUCUGUUGAUUUAUUAGUUGUCAUAAUGUUUGAUUUAUUUAGAAUUUUUUUUAGAUUAGAGGGGAAGAGAGCAGGACUACAUUAGAACUCAAGAUGCAUCAAACACUGAUGCUGCAUUGUUUUUAUUGUAAGAGUUCCUAGCUUUGGAUGUUAUUGCUGUGAUGACGUGUUUUUUUCCCCUCUAACUCGUGUCUGGGUAUAGAUCAUACUGUAAGUCUAAUUCUUGUUUUGGGUUUUGUGCUCAGAAAAGCUUGUGAUGCUUAAAAUAUUAAGGGCUGAGGAUUGAUCCUUGUGGCACACCGCAUACUAGACACUCGAUUUUUGUCCCAAGAAACCUAGCUUCCCCAAAAAAAAUCAGCAAAUUAGCAUAUACUGACGGUAGGGAAUCCUCCAAGCCCACAGGAAAGUUUCCACCUCCAACAAAAUGAGCUGUCCCACUCCCCCCCAUCAAAGAUUGUUACCUCUUAACAAUUGAUUUGCCCUCUGCUACUUAAACUGAGUCCAUUAUGUUAUGCAGAGUCAUCAGUUUUGUACCUCACUUCCCUUUGCUGGUCCGUAAGCUUGCUGACAAACACAUUGAAAAUAUGUAACAUGCUAAGCACAUGGAUGUUAGGUGGAAAGUUGCAGCGGCACUGACACGCCUGCUGUGCGUACCGGCAGUACUUUAAACAAGGUGGCUUUUAGCGGCCCCCCGUUAAAUGUGUUUUAAGCUCAGCGAUAUUGACAGGCCGGCUCCUUCACUCUUAAGUGCUGUUCAUAUAUCCAUAGCAUCAGCGGAUAUGGAUCAUCGCUUGUUUUUUUGUUUUUUUUUAAUACAGCUUUGCAUCCAAAUGACUGAGCAAAUAAAGCUGAGACUAUCCAAACCUCCCAAACACAUAGGUGAGAGGUGGUGGGUUGCCACCACUAGCGAUGGAAGCUAGUUUAGCAUCAUGUGAGGGGGGGGAUCAAUGCUUCUCAUCAUCAUCCGGCAGCAUGUGGUGGCGGAAUCCUAUUUUAACUUUGCCUCUUUGGACUCGGAUUGUCUCCUAAUGAGUCUCGCUUGUAACUGCUGAUGUCUUCACUCCAAGCUGCAUUGUCAGAUUCUUUUUUUAAGACCUCAUCGCCAAGGCUUACAUUAAGUCUAUUUUUGUUUUUUUAAGAAUCAGUGCGAUGCCAUGAUGGGAUUGGAUGGCAUGGAAAUUAUCGCAAUGGUAGUUGUUGCCGGGAUGUUUUAUUCUGUGCUUAAACAGUUUGGGAUGUGUGACCCUUUGAUGCAGGAAGACAGCAGCGACUGUGACCUCGAGCUCUCCAUGGUACGUCAUCAACCCGAAGGCCUUGAGCAGCUCCAGGCGCAGACCCAGUUCACCAGGAAGGAACUUCAGUCACUUUACAGAGGCUUUAAAAAUGAAUGUCCCAGUGGGCUUGUGGAUGAAGAAACGUUCAAGACCAUUUACUCGCAGUUCUUUCCUCAAGGAGAUGCCACCAUGUAUGCUCAUUUCUUGUUCAACGCUUUUGACAUGGAUAGAAGCGGCGCCAUCCGAUUUGAGGACUUUGUGCUGGGCUUGUCUGUGCUGCUUCGAGGUUCGGUGACAGAAAAGCUGCGCUGGGCCUUUAAUCUCUAUGAUAUCAACAAAGAUGGCUACAUCACUAAGGAGGACAUGUUGGCAAUAAUGACUUCCAUUUAUGACAUGAUGGGCAGGUACACCUUACCGAGCGUACGAGAAGAUUCCCCAUAUGAACAUGUGGAGAAAUUCUUUCAGAAAAUGGAUCGGAACCGUGACGGCAUGGUGACCAUGGAUGAAUUCAUAGAAACUUGCCAAAAGGAUGAGAGUAUUAUGUCUUCCAUGCAACUUUUUGAAAACGUCAUCUAGCUUCAGACGGAGGAACGUGGAAACGCCUCAGAACCUUAGAAAUCACAGUAGGUUUUCUUUUCCCCCCAAAUAUAGUAGCCGUACUCGACUGCAGAGAAUACUACGUGCCAAUUAGAAGUCAGUUAGGACAGGAAGGCUUUAUUUUUAUUUUUAUAAAUUAUAUUAGAUUUGUAUCAUUUCUUUGACAAAUAAAUAAUGACACUUAAUUCAAUUGAAUUACAAUGUAAUGUUUUGUCUGUAUGAUUUAACAAGUCCAAGCUGUUAAUCUAGACAUAGCUCUAUCUAAUAAAAAGUAGUGCUUUGCUGCCAUCUUGUAGCAUCUUCUAAAUUAUACAACGUUUUUUAGGUGACUUACAAAUUUAUACUUAUUAUGAAACACAAUUUUAUGCAGUCUAUGUUGUGACAAAGGAGCUUCACAUGGUUAAAUCAUGUGAACAAGUGUGUGUCUGUCACAAGUUUCCCCUCAAAGGAAACGGGAUCUUCCACACUCUUAGGAAAAGUGGAGAAAAAAAACAAAACAAAGACAGAGUUGAGUGAUUUCACUGGACAGAAAUGUCUGUUAACAAUCAUCGCUGUUGUUUUACAUCCUCUGGACGCUUUUACUUUCUUGUGCAAAACAUGCCGUGCAAACUGGUUCUUAAUCAUUGCUGUCUGCUGUGUUGUAUAGAAUGAAUCACAGGCCCUGAA